AUGAACAACGAACAAUUCCGCCGCCUGGUCCUGGACCAACCAGGCAAAAAGACAACCACCCUGGACAAAAAUGCGCAAACGAACAAAUCCCCGAACCAGUCAUCGCCGCCGUCAUCAUCUGCUCUCCUCGGCUCACGUAUGCGAUCCAGCAUUCCCAUGACACCACGCCAUGUUAGAGGUGGAACUAGUAACACGAACGAAUUUGCGCGCCAACUCGCCGAACAGCGUCGCGAAGAACAGCCACCCGCUAAACGAUUCAAGGCCUCGGCGGCACCGAAAGGGACGAAAUUCACAAGCGGAUACCAGGAUCGAACGGCUUUGAGAAGGCAACAGAAAGACGACGAGGAUGAGCAGGGGAGUAGAGAUGAAAGUGUUGAGCAAAGACUUAAAGCGUUGGAAGAUAUGGUCAAACUGGGACAGAUUGAUCAGCAGACUUUCGAUAAACUAAGAAAAGAGAUUGGUGUUGGAGGGGAUUUGAAGAGUACACAUUUGGUUAAGGGGUUGGAUUGGGAUUUAUUGAAGAGAGCGAAAGCCGGUGAGGAUCUGUCACAGAAGAAAGAGGAAGAAAAGAAAGAUACUAUUGAUGCAGGUGAUGUCGAUGAAGAAUUGGAUCGUGUACUUGAAGAAAAAGAAGCCGGGAUCGCAGCAGUACCAAAAGAGAAGAAAGUCAAAAAAGGGAACCUUGCAGCGGCACCACCUUCAGGCAAACUAUCUCGAGACGAGAUUCUAAAACAACUAAAAGCAAGUCGAGCAGCAGCAGCAGCCCAACAGCCAAAGCAACCGACACCACCAGAAUCAACACUAAGCAACAAAUUCAAAAAGAUCGAUAAAUCCGACAAAAAGCGCUGGAUCGAGACUGAUCCCAGCACCGGUCGUCGAAAGGAGAUUCUCGUCAUUACAGAUGCAGAAGGUAACUCGAAACGAAAAGUGCGUUGGCUAGACAAGGAACAACCCGACAUACCAAAAAUCGAUGAUAAUGGACUUUUACGACCUGGUCGAGACUCCAAGCCGUUGGGUAUGGAAGUUCCGGCUGUAAUUGCGGCAAGGAUUGCUGAUGAAAAGGCCGCUGCAGAAGCGGUGGAGGAUGAUGAUAUUUUUGCUGGUGUUGGGACGGAUUAUAAUCCUCUUGGCGAUCUAGAGGAAGAAGACGACGAUGAUUCUGACGCCGAGGAGAAGGAAGAGAAGGCGGACGAUGCAGAGAUCAAAGAAGCAGCAACAGCAGCGAUAGAACCAUCUACUCAACCACGAAGAAAUUACUUCAAAGAUAGCAAGACAGGCAAAGACGCCGAAGAUGUACCACGCAUGAACCCAUUAACGAGUGAUCCCACUCUCCUCGCCGCAUUCAAACGCGCUGCAGCUCUUCGACAAAGUGCCGCUCAAGGCAAAGAAGACGAUGACGAUCAUGCCGUGGCCAUGGAAGAAAACGAAUUCGCAAACGACGACGAUGAUCCCGAACGACUCGCCCGUCGCAAGAAAUUCCUUGAAGAAGCGCGUCGUCGCGAUGCUCUUGAUGCUCUCGAUCUUGACUAUGGAUUCGGCAGUAGUCGGAUCGAGGAUGAGGAGGAUGAAGAAGGUCCCACGUUUGGUGAUGGGCCGCAGCGUGGUGGUAACAAACGUAAAAGAGGACCGAAGAAGAGAAAAGGUGAUAAGGAUUCGGCGACUGAUGUGUUACGUGUUAUGGAGGGACGGAAGAAGUCUUGA